GCCGCAAGCGAGGCGAGCGCCAGAGCGAGAGAGCUUUUUCCUCCCCCCCGACAUGACACCGCAUCUGCCCGUGUCGUCCCACCCCGCCCACCACCUGCUCGACGCGCUGCCCCCGUCGCCGCACCACCGCCGCCUCCGCAGGCGCCGCCGCUUCUGCCCGCCGCGCCCUAGGGCCUCCUCCUCCCCCUCCUCCCUCCGCUGCCGCGCCGCCGCCGCCGCCGCGCCGCAGCCGGCGGCGGCGGCGGCGAGGACGAGGGUGUUCGUCGUGUCGGACCUGCACACCGACUACCCGGAGAACAUGGAGUGGGUGCGCCGGCUCGCGGUGCGGGCGGGGCCGCCGGGCGCCGGGGAGGGGUUCGACGCGCUCGUCGUCGCCGGGGACGUGGCGGAGACCAGGGACAACUUCGCGCGCACCAUGGAGGCCCUCAGGGCGCGCUUCGACGCCGUCUUCUACGUGCCCGGCAACCACGACCUCUGGCUGCGCCGCGAGGGUGGCCGCUACGUGGAUUCGAUGGAGAAACUGACUGCAUUGCUUGAUGCGUGUAGUGAGCUGGGUGUGGAUACAGGCCCUAGAACGAUAGGUGACUUAGGGAUCAUACCAUUGUUUUCAUGGUAUCACAAGAGCUUUGACAAGGAAAAGGAUGUUAACAGUGUGCGUGUUCCUUCGUUAGAGAUGGCUUGUAAAGACUUUCAUGCUUGCCAAUGGCCUUUGGACUUGGGAAGUGAUGAUGAGGCUCUUGCUCUUUACUUUGACAAGUUGAAUGACAAGAACAAUGAUGCUAUUGAAGAAGUAAAAAAAAAGAGCAAACAGAUACUUACAUUUUCACACUUUGUACCAAGGCAAGAGUUAUGUCCAGAGAAGCGAAUGCUUUACUAUCCAAACCUUCCGAAGGUCAUCGGCUCUGAUUAUUUGGAAAGAAGGCUGAGAGCUAUACACGACAACGCUAAAGAUGGAGCAGCCUGUCAUGUAUUCGGGCAUACACAUUUCUGUUGGGAUUCUGUGGUUGACGGUAUCAGGUAUGUCCAAGCGCCUCUGGCAUACCCUCGAGAAAGAAAGCGAAGGAUAAAUGGAGGCCAGGGAUGGUUGCCGUUUUGUGUAUAUCGUGAUGGAUUCAACCCUGAAAUAUACCCGGCUAUAUGGUCUGACUAUUACAACAAGAACAGAAGGGAGCCUGAGAACACUCAGCUUGCGCCGUGGGUUGCCAAAUAUUUUUCAAAGUACUACGGACCCCCUGUUUUUGCCAAACAAACUGAAUCCAGUUGAGCUGUCCGGUUCGACAUUGAAAUCCGCAUCAAACAGAGAAAAAGAAAAAGGAGAUAUUGACAUUUUACAUGUACAUGGUUUUUUUCUUUCUUCCCUUUUUGUAAUUUUGUUGUUUCGUUUGCUGCAACUCACAACUCUUGGGCAACGAAUGGCCCCCCUUGUGUUGGAUGUAUGCUGAAAAAAUAAUGUAAAGAUGAUUGUAAGCAGCCUCGCUGCAAAGAUAGUGACAUGCAGAAGCCAUUAGAUAUCUCUCUUCA